AUCCUAGGCUGCUCUAGGUAGUUUUUGAAGACGAAGGGAAUAAAAAAGAAAGAACAAAAUCUGAUUUUUAGGCUGAUUGACAAUUAGUUACCUUGUUUGCUGACAAGUAUAUCUAUACUUGUAUUGACGAAAUUGAAUCACUUGUUUUUAAGUCUACAAGCGUUGGUAUUUACAUUUGGUAGACUGAGUAGCUCUGCAAGUGAAUGAUCUAGAUUGUUCCCAGAAAACACGAUUUAUCAUCAAAAUCUUUUUUUGUUUCAAAUUUGAAAAUAGGGAAAGUUAGUUUGUUCCACGGAACGCCAUCUCCACUCCAAAAAAAUGUCCGCCGGUGCACCGCAAAUGAUGAUGCCGCCGCAGGUAGAGAGACAUACCUUGUAUGGUCUUUUUAAUCCUCCAGCUUCAAAAAUAUGAAAUCUGCUUUUGGAAGAAGCUCAUCAUGUUGCACGAUUUAGAUUUUUUUGGCAGGAUUUUUUACUUCAAUGCAUCUGUCUGCACCAUCAAAUACCCAUUCCUUUUUUUAUCUAAAUUUUUAUUCUACAGCCGUUGACGGCCGGCAUGCCGGACCCGGCUACCAUCGCCAAGCAGAAGGACGCUUACAUGAAGAUGCUCGAUGAGCAGGUCAAGCAGGGAACCCAGGUCCUCGAGGCCCAGGUCAAGCACCAGAAGGAAUACCUCUUGGGCCAGGCCGAUCAGCAGAAGAAGCAGUUCAUCAUGCAGAUCGGUACUGAUGAUAUUGUGUUAUAGAUUUUGAUGUUUGCUAGUCGUGUAGACAGGUGUCAGUCUUUUUUGGUUUAGUGCUCAAUCUCAUGUUUUCAAAAAAUCUAAAUUUUCUAAAUUUUUUCUUUAGUCUUUUAAAAUCUUUAUCCAAAUGACUACACAGAUAUGGAAGUGAAGCAGCAGGAGAUGGCUUUGGACCAGCAGCGCAUGGAACAGCUCAUGGCUUUGCAGCAACAGGCUGCGCAGCAGAAGGCUGCCUUGGAGCAACAGGCCAUGCAGCUAACCAUGGAGUACCAACAGAAGAAGGCUGAGGAGGAGAUGCAAAAGCAGCAGUAUGAGAUGGAGAAGAAGCAGCAGGAGAUGCAGUCCAAGAUGCAAGAGGAGAUGGCAAAGUUCCAGGGAGCUGGAACCCUCUUCACCGGCAUCAGCGUCAACAAGUAAGCGGUUUCGCUGCAGACGGUCGAUCUGAUGACAUAGGAGGUGGAGGAAAGAUCAUGAGGUGAUGGUCGUGAACAAGCGCAUGGUCGUGAACAAGCGCAUGGUCGUGAACAAGCGCACAUUUACUUGCAGAGAGGAGGUGUGAGCUCAGUAAGACCUGUAAUGCAAUGACGAUGCUAUUACAGGCAGAGAAAAUACAGUGGAGGUGGGGAACGAACAACUUUAUUUAGACUUCGUACUCAAUAGCUGAGGUAGCACUCCUACCGACGAUGGAGGCAAGUCAGCAUCAUCCUAGUGGAGAUGUAUUCGUAGAAAGAACAAGUCAGCACUUUCUUGACACGACAGGCAGCGUAAGACCGCAGAUGUGACUCUGCGGCCGUGUCGUCGUUGUUGCAACCAUGAGAGAGACUUGGUUACAUGUUCCCAUGAAAAGAAACAUAAAGGAUAAUAUUUGUUUUCGCUCGUUCUUCUCGAGAAGUUGCCUCAGUCGCUCGACUUUCGACGGCAUCUUUUUUGUUUUGCUUUGAGAUCUGUGAG